GAGAGACACGUCGCCGGUAAGUAAGGUGUUAGUUGGAAGGAAGAGAGAGAGAGAAGAGAGAGAGAGACGGAGUCGAGAGGAAGACAGGCGAUGGGCAACAGAGGAACAGCGGCUAUCGGUAGGUGGGUAGUUUGCGCUUCGCGGGUGGAAAAGCGGGCGCAAAUGCUAAUGAGGGUCGGUUUAGGGGCGGUGGGGGUUUGAGCUGGGGUUGGGGGUUGGAGGUAGAGGGUGGUGGAAACGGGAGGGGCGAGGGAGAGGAAGAGGCGAGGGCGUAGCGGAAACGCCUACGAGGGCGCGGAUUGGCCGGCGUCCGAAUGGCGUCCUGAGGGACGCGUGGCGUCGCGACGCCGAGCGCCAAGGCUACCACCUAGCACCACCACCGUGCACCCCCUCGAGGUGCUCUCCGUCCUCGGUGACGAGGUCGACGCGAGUGCCGCGUCGUCGCGCGAGUCUUCUCCGCGAGGAUGGAGCAGCUCGCCCAGUUCGUCUCCAAGAGUUUCGACAACGCGGCUGGCGAACACGCGGCAUGCAGGACAACCAUCGAACGGCCACCCUCCGCGAGGAUCACCCUAAGUGUCGCGCAUUUGCUCGGGGAUCCUGCGGAGAACGAAUCGAAUGUCGGCGGUGCGACACGCGAAUCCGUUCAGGAUCCGUCGAGCGUCGAGGGGAGCAGCGUGGACGAGCCGCCGUCGCCGGAAGGCCGCCUCCAACCGGAAGACCUCUCCGUCACGACCAAGAGCAAGGAGGCGAAGGACGCGAUUAACGCAACCGACGCCCUGCCGCCUCUCAAGACGCCCGAAUUGAAGCUAUCCGUGAGGAAAUUGUUGGGAUGCAGCCCGUCGCCCCCGCCUAUCUCCAGAGAUCGGUCGGCCAGUCCUGAAAAUUGCAUCGAAUCGAAGAAUCACUCUUCCAACGAUGCGAAACCGUCGGAUUUGAAGAUACAAUCGCAGGUUUCGAAGUCGUUGAUGCAGGAAGAGGGUGGCAAAGGGUCGAAUUGCCGGAACAACGGGAACGGAAACGGGAAACAGAGACGAUCUCGAACGAAUUUCACCUUGGAACAAUUGGCCGAGCUGGAAAGAUUGUUCGACGAGACUCAUUACCCUGACGCGUUCAUGAGGGAAGAGCUUAGCCAGAGACUCGGUUUGAGCGAGGCGAGGGUUCAAGUUUGGUUCCAGAACAGGCGUGCCAAGUGUCGCAAGCACGAGAGCCAAUUGCACAAAGGCGUUGCAGGUGGAAUGGUGCUGGCGCCACGCAGCCCCCCGGCGACGUUGGAACCGUGUCGAGUGGCGCCCUACCUUCCCGCGUUGAGGUUGCACCCCCCGAUCCAGGGUGCAGGUGGCAACAUAACGACCGCUCCAGCUUCUGCCUUCGAUCCGGCCGUCCUCCAUUACGCGGCUGCCGGCGGCCUCUUCUGCCUCCCGCCCCCACCGCCCCCGCCACCUGCCACCAGCCACCAUCCCCCCCACCCCCUCAGCCUCGCGGCCUCGUUGGCAGCGGCCGCGGCGCGAUCCAAGAACAGCAGCAUCGCCGACCUCAGGUUGAAGGCGAGACGGCACCAGGAAGCGCUUGGACUCGACAGGCCCGCGUAAAAAACCAACGAGUUUCGCCAAUUUCUCUCUCUCUCU